GCAGAAAGAACCCCGGUUAUGGUAAUAGUCAGCGAGUGAGGUUGAAUUUAAGUUCCCCCGAAAAUCUAAAAGAGAGUAAACGAACAAAAUGGAGCUGAAGCCGGAUGAACUACGGCAGCGUAUUCCGAGCUGGUCGCUCGAAUCGGACGGUCAGCUGCUGCAGUACAUGAUAUCGAUCGGAAAGAACAUCGAAGAUAAAUGCUCCAAAACAAGAAACAAUCUGAACAGCUUGAUGCUGCAGGUCAAGCAGACGGAAGUGAAGCUGGCGAAUGCAGCGAAUCAAUUUUCCGCCGUUGAACAAGUAAAGUUUGUUGAAAACCGUGUCGAGGAGGACGACGAAAGUUUCUAUGGUCUUCGGCGACGUCGGCAGCAGGUGGAUGAACAGCAAAAGGAUACUGGAUUGGAAGAUGGUUCCGAGCGAUCACUGGACGAUCUGGUACAGCUGGCAGUCGAACGAUCGAUUGAAGGCAUGUACCAAUCAUACGAAAAAGUGACGCUAGAUCUUACGGACAGUGAUUCGAGCGAUGAGGAUACCGCUCCGUCUGCGACGCGAUUGAUGGACCAGACAGGCGUAACUGCAAGCAAAGCAACGGUAAUGCGGGCCGUUCCCAGGUUCGCGUUCAUAGAUCGUCCACUACCGCACGUUAUCGGGUCGAAGGAGUGGCAAAAUAAGUGGCACGUGGGACUGAUCGAUUCUGACGACGAGUCAAAUUCGGACCGCAAAGAGGAAUAUUCAGAUUCACCCAGCGAAACCGAUGACGGUGGGAUGUUUCCAUCGCAACCAAACAGCAAAAACCAUACACCUUCGGAAUCGGAAAGUUCGAUCUGGGGAACGGAGGGCAUUGGUCGUAAAAGAGCACCCUCGAUCGAUCCCAGCAUUACUGGUGAUGAUGGUUCUUCUGUGUAUUCAUUUGCCAGCUCAGCUAAAGUAUCCCGUGCGCUACCUAAUUCGCAUCCCGUCAUAGCCAGGGCCAAUCCGUCGGAGGCAGCAAGACUAAAACCGCCGAGUCUGUUUCCGGAAGACCCUCCCGCGGAAGACGGCGAACGAAAAGUUGAAAGAGGACUAUUCGAUGACUCCCUAGAAGAGGACGAAUCGGUGACAAUACCAAAACCUUUACCACGGCAAACUGCAACAUUAAACGACACAACGAAACCAUCCUUCUUUAAAGGCAGUAUACAACCUGCCGGUCGUAAGAUAGCGAAUCUCUUCGAUGACGAGCCUCCCGAACCAGACCUACCGGAACAGCCGUUUGCCACGAAGAAAUCUAUUAAUCUCUUCAUUGAAAGUGAUGAUGAAGACAUAGCACAACAGAACGAACGAAAUAAUAACGCCAGCCAAGUGCUUCCAAAGGAAGCUAACAAUCCGCCGCGGAUGGAUCAAGUUAAGGCCAAGAAUACUCAAGAGCCGGGUGCUCCUCAUUCAACGAAUUCUCGUACGAUGGGUAGAUUAGUUGAUGAAUUGAAUAAUAACUUCCGUCGACAGCAGCAAUUGAGUUCGCUAGAUACGCAAAAAACGAACAUCGAAAGAAGCCCAAACGUUCAUCGAACGCUAGAAGUCAAUAAUCAGAAACCGUCGGGAAUCCCCUCGAACCUUUUCGACGAUGAGCCUCCAAUCGACGACUUCGAUAAGCUAUUCAGCGCAUCCAGCACGUCUCACAAAUCAGCGCUGCAGCAAAAUGUGCCACCGCGGAUGACCGAAAAAAUUGAAAAGAAAGCUGUCAACCUAUUUGCGGAAGAUGAGGAUGAUUUCGAUGGCAUUGUGGUGGGUAGCAACGAAGCAAAGCCAGAAAAAUCACCACAACGGAGUGCCUACAGCAGUCCCAACCGAAUAGCGUUGCCUAAACCCACGGAAAGAGUGUCCGCGACGAAGAAGAAAUCCAUUUUCGAUGAAUCUGAUUCGGAGGAGGCGAGUGCGAAUGACGUUACUGGUGAUGCUCCGCCAAACGCGCCAUCGGUGCGCCUUCCUGCACCAAAGAUUCAAACGAAAGCCGUUAAAUCGAUUUUUAGCGACAGUUCCGAUGAUGAAGAUGAUGACGAAGCAUUGUUUGGCAAAUCUUCGAGCAUUUUGAAGAACAAAUUAGAUGCGAUGAAAAAUAGCGGUUUCUCCGCCAAGGGGAGCUUAGCUGCUGUACUGGCAGAAAAAUCAUUGGUCACCAAACCGUCAAAUGUUGGCAGUUCGCUUUUCGACAACGGAUCCGACAGCAAUGAUAUUAUUUAUGGAAGGCCAAAUACGUUGGAUGUAAAACAGAACGCAAAAAACAAUGGAACUGUAACGAAAGUGUCAUUGUUUGAUGAUCAACCGCCAUCGGACGAUGACGAAGGUACUUUGUUUGAUAAAAAUCGAUCUGAAAUUUUGCAACCCCAAAUGAAAGCGACAGAGCCUAACGAAGUUCGUAAGCAACCGAUCUUGGGCAGUAGUUCGAUUGACGGCAACCAAGAACAGGCCGUUCAUUCUGCAAUACAUCCAGAUGAACCUAUAACAGCCGAAGUUGCUACUGGCGGACAACAUCGGCCAGAAGCAGGAAGUAUUAGGAGUGUUAUAUUAAAAAAAUCCAUUUUCAAUUCCGAUUCGGAAAGUGAUGAGAGUGACUCCAUUUUCGCUACUGAGUUUAAACAUGCAACAGCUCCGGAGAAAAAAAUAGAAACCAGUAGCACUGAAGUGGUAAAAGUGGAAAAACAUGAAAGAUCUUUAGAAACGAACCAGGAUCUGCCCACAACGGAUUCUCCGUCUUCGUCUGUCUUCGAUACUCCACUAAUUUCAUCGAUGAGCGAAAGUCUAAAGGCAAAUCAAGCCAUAGAUCAGAACGCUGGUGUCCUUUCAGAUCUACCAACACAACAGACGGAUUCUAUGCCGAAAGACCUGCGAAACGAUAUGGUUCCUGCAGGUGUUGCCUCCACCGAAGAACCCGUUGCUGACCCGUGCUUGAGUAAAAAAUCUCUUGUUGAAGAGCCAACACCCAAAGUUGAAGCUGCAGAUGAUUCGUUCAUGGUUCAGAAUAAAACGAAGCUAGAAGCCACGAUGUCAUCUCUACACCCUAACAUUGGCGAAGAACAGGCGUUAGAAUCUGCGGAUAACUCAAGUGCUCAGUUGGAGGUCGCUGCUGCUGAGAAAUCAACCUCAGAUGAGUGUGCCUCUUCUGAGGUUUCACAGGAAACAUUGCUACCAACGCCUCCAGUUUUGGGAAAAAUGAUAGCGAACGAUAUCGACUAUUAUCUGCGAACAAAGGAACCCCUUCAAACCGAUGAAAAAAUCGACACUGUUGGCAAGGAACAAACACCACCGAAAGCAUUGCCGUCCGAAAAGUCUGAACCAAAAAGUGCCUUAAAUUUCAGCCCCAUCGGCCUUUUCGAUGAUCUGCCGCCACCGGACGAUGAAGGUGACGAUGACACCGACAAGGCAGUGCAACCGAAACAUUUGCUUCCCGCCGAAUCCGUCGAGACUUCGGAGCCGCCAAUCGAAGACGAUGUUGCUCCCUAUUCGAUGGAAAGCCAAUCAUUAAACUUUGUACCUUCGGGCGGUUCGGGAAGUAACAAGUCAAGGUAUCUGUUCGAUGAUGAACCGCCACCGGACGAACCGGAUAACAAUAGGCAACCGGACUUCGGUAGUACAUUGGCAUUCAAGAAAUUUGGUGGUAACAGCGUUACCAAAGGGUUGUUUGAUCAUCCACAUGGGGAUGCCACGGCUUCCUUACCACCGCUGGUGGAAGAUAACCGGGGAGAGCUUAGCAAACCAGUGCGUCCUAAGAUAAACAAGUUGAAUACAAAAAUUGCAAUUAACGUUGCGGCUCUUCUUCCCGGUGCUAAGCGACCUCCAUCAGUCGCAUCUACGCAUGAGAAUGUAGGAUCUCCUGAAUCACGUACUGGUUUUUCCCCCGAAGAUAAGGACAUUCCAUCAUCCAACACCGAUGAACAAGCGAAUGGGGAAAAGUUGACAGGAUUGAACAAGGGCCGGGCAAGGAUACCGUCCAAACGGAAACCCCCAUCUAGGCAAAGUCUUCGUAGUAGAAAUGCAGGGGCCGAUGCAGACCUCGCGGUAAAUAAUGAACGAGAAGGAAAAGAGUUAGAGAAGCCACAUGCUACUAACGAACGCAUCGUAGUCGGUUCAGAGGUAAAGAUCGAACAUGUUGAGGCAACCAUGCAUCACCCGGGGGCUGUUUUUCCGCCCCUAGGUCAUUCAUCUUCGACGGCGACAGGUAACAGGGAUGCUGGCACGGAAAAGGCCGACAAUACUUUCAUCGAUCGCUUGAGUGCAAGCGUGCGAAAUCCAGCGAAACGUCUGGUGCUACCAGAUGCCGACGAAAGAAGUUCUACAUUUCCAGCGAUUGGUAAAUCAGUCGCGGUGAAGCGCUCAACAAAAACACUCUUUGGGGACAGCGACAGUAACGGUGAGGCUGAUGACGAUGAUAGUUUAUUUAGAAAGCUUCCGUCAACGGGUGUUACAAAACCACCUGCCUCGGUAAUAGAAGCGGCAAAGCCAGAGGCAAAAACAGUUCGGCGUAAUGUUCCUAGCCGCAGUAUAUUCGGUACGGAUGAUGAGGAUGAUACCGAUGCGGAGGAGAACGAUCUGUUCGGUACGAAAAAGUCCACCAUCGUUGGGCAGCUCAAAUCGAAGGGCAUAGAGGCAGGGCAAAAAGAACGAAAAAGUCUCUUUGAGGGCGAUGACGACGACGAGGAUGCUGAUGACGAUGAUCUGUUCGGAACCAACGCCAAACCUGCUCCAAAGGCAAACAGUCAAAUAACGAAACCGGCUAAUAGAUCCGUGGCGACGUUAGGAAAACUGAUGACUACCACUACUCACCCGGUUGACGAUCCUCUGGCAGACUUGCUUGCGGACUCUUGAGCCAUGGCCAUGAAAGGACAUGUUUCUAUGAGAGGAUUUUGAUUUCCCACAGCAUACAGUAUAAAACGACAUCAAACUGCGCUUCGCAGAAUGGAUGAAACACAUAGAAAGGGGCCAUAGGACAGAACCGGUACCGUAACAUCAGCCGUCUGCAAUUUGCACCCUCUUUUGUAACUCGUCCCAAUGUCGGUAUGGCCUAGACGGUUGGUUUCUAGUCAUUUAAAAAUUAACUGGGUUCUGAGCAAUGCGUGUUCGUUUUACUUUCGCCACUUAUCUGUAUUCGCCUGUAUUUAGCGUUGUCUAACUUUACUCUCUAUUUUCCCUAUAGUAUUCAUUUAAAGCGUUUUUGUUCUUUAUUUUGAGUUGCUAUGUUAUACUACGCUAUUCUACAUUCCAUUUUACGUUUGCAUACAUUAUUGUUCGUUACUGCAUGAUUUAUAUCCAACAAAUCGCAUAUCGAAUACCAGAUUGCUUGUAUCCAGCACGUUGAAAAAGGCGCUAAUUGGUUGAUAUUAUCCGUGGGUCGCUGAGAACCGGCACCUAUGGCGAAUGAGUAAGCGUAUCAUACAGAUAUAUUUCGGAGGGUUUCUUGUUAUGUUGUUUUCUAAUCUAGUUUGUGCAAAGCGUCAACAUGUUUUCCCUCAUGUCGUCGCGAUUGGCUAGAGGAAGUGUUAAUCCCAUCAUGUACAUCCGAUGUGAUAUCUAAAAUAAUUCCCAAAAAUUAUUCAUAUUGGACCUUGUCAUUUAAGUUUUUCGUUAGAUUUAUAAAAUCCAUCGCAGAAGUGGCUAGGAAAAGGGGAUUAAAAGUUGUUAACCAAAUUGUAUUGUUUAAAUUUUCAAGAACUGCAAUGAAAACUGAGGAAUAAAAUAAAUGAAU